UGGUGUGUGCGCCAUACGCUGGCAUCAUCGAUCCACGAAAUAGCGGCAAUAAUUGGUGAGGAGAAUGCUGAUACUUAUUUGGUGCCCAUUUUUGAGAACUUUGCUAAAGAUGCGGGUAACGUGAAACUUGGCUUGCUCAAUCAUUUAUAUGAUUUUUUCAAGCUGGUAACGCCGAAAUCAAGGCGAUCAUUGCUCCCGCUGGUGCCCUCCUUCUUGCACUCAGAUACCGAGAAUGACCGCAACUGGCGUCAUAGAUUUGAAUGUGUUAGGCAAUGUAUUCUAUUGUGCGAUCUCUAUGAGAUGAAUGAUGUUAAUCAGUAUUUAGCUGCCAUCGCACUCACUUUGGCAAAUGGUACGUUUCUUUUGAAUUAA